AUGUAUGACAUGUUGUCAGAGUUUAGAGUGUCAGAAUUUGAUUCAUUCGUGGAUAUACUAAAACUGACUCCAGGUGAUCCACUUGAUACAUUUGGUGAAAUGUGGUAUCCAGUGUUUUUGUGGUCAUUAUGCUCAUCUGUUUUUGUGCACACUUGUGCCGGAUUAGUCGCUUUCGGAACUCUGAGGAAACACAAAUAUGGGAAGUUUUUUCCUGUGUUAUUGAUAUUAAUGGGUGUGGUAACUCCAGUCACUUCUGGUGUGGCAAGCAGUGCUGCAAUUGCUUUUAUAUACCGAGCAGCAAAACUCGAUAUGCCACCAAUACAUGCUAUGAUAUGGGGCGUUGGACAAACAGUACUAGGGGCUGGAAUAGGAUUUACUAGAAUUUUGGCCACAUUGUAA